GCGCCACUUUGUUGUUUGCAAGCUGCUGGCCUGAACUUCAGUGAAGAAGCAGCACCAGCAGUAGUGGAGAAUCAUGGCAGAAUCCUCAGAAACCAAAGUGCAGCUGGUUUACAAACUCAUCCGAGCUUUUCCAGACUUUCCGAAGAAAGGCAUCCUGUUCAGAGACAUCUGUCCCCUUCUGAAGGAUCCAGCUGCUCUGACAGCAGUGACCGACCUGUUUGAAGAACACGUGAGGAACAAUUACAAACGGGUUGAUUUAAUCGUAGGUUUAGAUGCACGUGGUUUCCUGUUUGGGCCACUGCUCGCCCAGCGGCUGGGUGUUGGCUUCGUCCCGAUCAGAAAGACAGGCAAACUGCCCGGAGUCACUUCAUCUGUGGCGUAUGAUUUGGAGUAUGGCAAGGCAGAGGCAGAGGUUCAGGUGGAUGCAGUGGCUCCAGGACAGAAGGUUCUGCUCAUUGAUGACCUUCUAGCAACUGGAGGGACAAUGUAUGCAGCCAUUCAGCUGAUGAGGAAGCAGGAGGCUGAAAUUGUGGGCUGCAUGGUGGUCAUCGAGCUCAAAGAGCUCAACGGCAUUGACAAGCUCAAACCCCACAGUGUGUUCUCCGUGGUUCAGUACUGAGGACACUUCAGCCGCCGCACUGGAAACAGGAAAGACACAGUUUUACAACCAGUAGGUGACUGUGUCUGCUCUAGUAAAACCAGAAACAGCAACUGCACUUCCGCUCAAUUUUUUUAGAGUUUUAACUUCAACCAUAUUUGGUUUUCUAUUUUCGUCAGAGAUAUAUCAUGCAUGCUUUGGGGAUGACAAAGGUGACAAGGAGACAAAUUGGUUUCCAUGGUUCCUUCAGGUGUCUUGGAAUGUCUUCAAUUUUUCGGUUCCCCUCUGGGAUCAUGCCCUGUUCCCCCGUGUGCCAAAACUGGAAGAAGCAGUUAUAGAUGGAGGGAGGGACUGAUAGAAAGGUAUACCAUUUACUGUGGCAUAUUAAAUGACCACAGGUUAACGCUUGUGGAUAAUUUAAAGACUUAAAAGUCUCUACAUCUUAAUGUUUGUGCAACGAGCGUGUAUUUGCUGGACAUGAGUUCAGCACUGACAAUUAUUCCAGUAUAUUGAAUUAUUUUAUCAAAGAAAAAUGGCCCAUUUCAAUUCAGGUAAAAGCUAAAGGAAAGUUGAGGGCAAAUAAAAAUAUCUCAGAUUGUUGAUCAGGAUGCUCUAUUUAAAUCCAUCGUGUGCUGAUAGUUGACCUAUGACCACCAUUCUCUCUUCUGUUGCACCUUUCAUGUGUUCAGCUUUGUCCUUUUCUCUUUGCAUCACCAAUGGAUUUAUUCCGUGACAGAAUAAAAUUAAUAAUGAAAAGCAAAGGAGUUGUAUUGCUUACCCUGCAUGUGCAAAGGUGAAUGCAGUAUUAUGCUGACAUGAAAAUGUCAUUCCUGCCAUACGAUCAUAAAUUAUUUAGAAUCAAAACAAGUUUUGGCUUAUGACUGUAGUAUUAUUGGAUGUAGAGAUGGCCGUUAAAAUUUGUUUGUGAACUGAAUGGUGUCAUUUUCUGACUUCAUUGUGACUUCUUCGUGACAACACUUGUACAUAUGAUGGGGAUACAUUUUCUGAUCAAUACCAGCUUUCUCUUUUUUGCUUUAUUAGAUUAGAUUUAUUAGAAACAUGUUUUUGGACCAGAUUGUUUUUGACCAUGAUAUUUAAUAAUAUUCCCACCAAGUUUGGUGGCAAUUCAUCCAUGUGUGUUGUUACACGUGCAAACCUUUAGUAGACCAUGCCCAUUGUGUUAAGCAUGACCUUAAGCGGAAAAGACAUUUAUCAUACAAAUUAUAUAUAAAAAUCAAGUUCGGCUCAUGAGGAGUCUUAUUUUCCUACUUUUGAUCCGAGCAAAAUAUCCAAUAAAACGAAGAACAAAUUAAUUACUUGUUUUAAAAUUUUGGUUUUCCAUUCACGUACAUUUUCGACAAGGGACAAUUUGGGGUUCAGUAUCUUGCCCAAGGACAUUUCAGAAUGCAGAUGGGGAAGACUGAUCAAACUGCCGAGCUUUAAUAUGGUACCUGGAAAAUCAGGAGGUAGCACGGAAUUUUUUUUCGAGGCAAGCGUGGGAACCCUGAGAUAUCAUUAUAAAGAAUAGCACUUGUCACUGGAUCUAGGAUUGAGCUACACCAUUGCAAUACUAAAGGAAAUAUAUCAGUGAAUGAUUGGUUUGAGGAAAUGGCGAAAAUCUCCACCUGUGAAAGACUGUUACAACCUAGCCCUUCCUUUCGAUUUGAGGUAUGAGUUAACCCUACAUCUACAUGCAUACAUAGGUAUUGUGUGUGUUUAUAUUUUAAUUUAUUCAUUUAACCCUCGGUUUCUGCUGUAGAGCCUCAGUCCUUGUUCUCUCAGCUCUAAAUCAAUAAAAAGAAAAUUAUAAAAGGUUACAAUACCGCUAUUCCAAAAAGUGUCAUACCGACAAAGCAAAUUUGUGAAGUUUAUGUUACUGAAAGGUGUCUGUAUAUUUAUUAUGUAUACUACUUAACUGUAUCUUCUCCAGAUGUGUCUUCUAAUGGACCUUUGUCUGGUGCCACCUUUCGUUUUGUUGUCUGCUCUAGCCUCCUGGACUAUUGUUACAUAAUCAUGUCUGUUCAUUAGACCCUAUUUGAAACAGCUUUCUGUUAUAAAUGUUGAGCUCUGAUGACAUCA